AAAAAAACUUUCAAAGCUGAACCAUACGAUACUGAAUAAAAUGACUAGGUUGCCCCCCUUUCUUCUUCUUCGUCUUCUAGGUUGUGGAAAACUUUGAACUAGUAACUAGUAAGUAGUGUGUGGACAGGGAUCAAGAGGUAGCCAAUGGAAGUCAUAGGAAGGAGCUUUAGCGUUUUAUGUCUCACUCCUUCUCUUUCAGCAAGAAGGAGGUUUUGUACAGCAUUGGCUAAAAAGAAAGAUGAUGUCCAAGACAACAACGAGUCUCAGCAACAAUCUUUUUUACCAUUGAAGGUUUCAAAAUCAAAUCUUGCUCGUGCUGCCAUUGGAGUUUUUGGCUUGGGAUUCAUUGAUGCAGGGUAUAGCGGAGACUGGUCAAGGAUUGGAGUGAUAACACAACAGAAUGAGGAAUUACUAAAGCUUGCAGCUUUUCUUGUGGUUCCCAUUUGUGUUUUUUUCAUUUUUUUCCUGCCCAACGAAUCAAAUUAGUCAGCUUUUCAAAUGCAAUAUGUAAAAGAAAUUGAGUUUGGAUGUCAAUAGUUAUAUGAUGGGUCUACUUGGAUUGACUUAUUUAAACUUAUUUACUUGUUGGACUGUUUGUUUUAGAGAACUUUUGAAAAUAAUUUAUGACUUGU